AUGACCCAGCACCAGGAGCAGCGGCGCCUGACGGUGCAGUUCGGUAGGGAGUCGGCAGAGGUGGUGGUCGCGGCGGACGGCACUCUGCAGCAACUAGCCACCGCGCUCGCCGACCGCUUCUCGGUGGCCCCCCACACCAUCAAGCUGCUGGUGCCGGGCAGCAAGGGCGCUCUGCGGCUGGGAGAGGAUCAGGCGGGGGUGACGGUGCAGGAGGCAGGCCUGCGCGAUGGCGCCCGCGUCAAGAUGCUGGCCAGCCGGCAGGCGGACGUGGAGGCGGUGCAAGCGGCGCGGGAGGACGGCAGGAUGGCAUCAUUUGAGCAAGAGCUGCGGCGGGAGCUGCGGCGGGUGGGGGCAGCGCCAGCGGCCAAGGGCCCGCCCGCAGGGCCUCACACCUUCCAGCGGUACGAGGCCUGGCAGCGGUCGGGGCUCACACCCCCGCCAUCCGAGGCGCUCAAGCUGCUGCACAGGCUGGCCGCGGAUCCCGGCAUUGUGGGGGUGAUGGGCAAGCACAAGUGGACGGUGGGCCUGCUCAGCGAGAUGCCCCCCGAGGGCAAGGUGGGGGUGAGCCCUGUGUGCAUCCUGGGCGUCAACAUCAACCGAGGCCAGGAGAUCAGCCUGCGCCUGCGCACAGACGACCUGCAUGGGUUCCGCCGGUACGACCGGAUCAGGGAGACGCUGCUGCAUGAGCUGGCCCACAUGGUGUGGGGCGAGCACGACGACAACUUCAAGGAGCUCAACUCGCAGCUGCGGCGAGAGUGCGACGCAUUUGACUGGCGCGGAGCGGCAGCACUCAGCUUGGCAGGCCCCGCCUUUGAGGGCACUGUCGACUACCACCUGCCUCCUGAGCAGCAGACAGUGAUGCAGCAGACAGCGGCCGCCAGCGGGAAGAAGCUGGGCGGUGGCACGGUGCCGGCGGCAGAUGCGCGGCAGGCGGCGGCCGAGGCCGCGCUGCGUCGAGCAAAAGGCGGAGCAGCAGAGGCGGCGGUCGGCCCAAGCAGCACCUCGCAGCCGGCACCACAACAGCUGCCGCAGCAGCACUACACCAAGGGCCAGAUCGUGAUGUACCGCCAGCGGGACGGAACCUGGACGCAGGCCAAGAUCGCAGCCGUCGACUCCUCUGUGCUGCCAUACUCUUAUGGCAUAGAGAUCGAGGGGCACUACCGCGAGACCGAGGCGUCCCGCCUGGCGCCGCUGGCCGAGCCGGCCGACGGCACGGCGGCGGUGGAGGGGCUGGGCCACCGGGACGCUGCCACCGAGGCCAAGGAGGCGGCGGUGCGGGGCAUGGAGCGGUAG